AUGAAGAGUUCUUUAUAUUUUGUAUCAUCUGUUAAGCAAUCUUUUUGGAACAAAAACUUGAAGUCUUUGGUUAAUUAUGAUUUUCAUAAAUUGUCAGAAGAUCAAUAAACAGUAGUUUUAUUUAAAUAAGGAUAAUUAUUUAAGAGAGCAACUCCAAGAAGAUAUAGGAUUUAUAACUAACACUUAUUUUAUUUUAGAGAGGUAGUGAUCUAUAUUUUACUAGUUGACUAUUACAGAACGGUGAAAUAGGAGGCUUUCUAGUUCUUAAAAAUAAAUAAUGAAAACUUAUUAAUAAUCACAUUGUCUCAUGAUCAAUCUCAACUGCAGAUUUUUACAGGCAAUAAAACAGAGGAGGUUUAAAACUUUGUUAAUGAGUUGAAGCUAAAUUGCAUCUAAGAAUAGAUAAUAGUAAAUUUUUACACAAUCAAUCAAAAAAUAGGAGAGGGAGUCACAUGCGAGGUCUUCCUUGGUAGUAAUAAACAAAAUUAGAAAUUUGUUAUAAAAAGAGUAGCAAAAGCACCACUUGGACAUAAAAUGAGAGAUAGACAAGCCAAGAGUCUUGCGGAAGAAAUCUUUAUUAUGAGAAGUCUGGAUUAUCCAAAUAUUCCAAAAUUAUAUGAGGUGUUUGAAUCCAAUAAUUACAUUGAAUUAGUAAUGACUCAUUAUGAAGGUGGCAAUUUAUAUGAAAAACUAUUAAAUUUUAGCCUAUCAAAGAAACAACAAUUAGUCAAAGAUAUACUAGAAACAAUGAACUAUGUUCACUCUUAAUAGAUUAUGCAUCGAGAUUUGAAACCACAAAAUAUUAUGUAUAAAGAUAAGGAUCCAACAAGUACAGAUAUUGCCAUUAUUGAUUUUGGGUUUGCAACAAACUUAGAUUAUUAGGAGCAUAUCCUGUACAAUUGUGGUACUCUAGGUUAUGCAGCUCCAGAAGUAUAGGAAUAUAAGGAAAAAUAAAAAAUGUAUACUACCUAAUGCGAUGUUUAUAGUUUAGGAAUUAUCAUUUAUGAAAUAUUUUUCGGAGUUCAUCCCUUUAGAAACUCUAAUCCUGGGAUCCUUACUUUUAGUGAAAAAGUGAAGGUUCCACAAUCUUUAAAGAAUCUUUUAAUUUAAAUGACUAGAUUCCAACCAAAAUUUCGAUUUACUUUAGAGGAAUGUUUAGAAUAAGAUUUUUUUAGAGAGGAUCUUGAUUCUUUAGGGUUGGAUGGCUUGUCAAAAUACAGUUUGGUCAAUUCGAUUCAUUAAAAAUCACUUAAUGUAUCACGAAAAAAUUCAAUUGAGCCUUCUAUAUAAUAAGAAAAAGUAAGUAAAAAUGAUUCUACUAAAACAAAAACAGCAAAUUCUACUGCAGCAGAAUCUAAGAAUCUGUAAACAAGGAACUUAAAUCUUUAUGAUGAAGAAUAUUAAGAGGAUCUUUAAUUUUUUGAACAUCAUAACUGCCCAAACGAUUUUAAUAAAAUUAUCCUAAAAAGAGUCUGA